UUUUCGCCUGAGCGCUCGUACGAACCCUAAGCUGACCCCAACCUGCGAGAGAGCAAGAGCGAGAGCGAUCGAUUGAGGGAGAUUCGAAGCGCCCAGCCAUGGAAUCGGCAGCUCGCAGAAGCGGAGGCGGCCUUCUCGAAGGCUUCUACCGAGUCAUCAUGCGCCGGAACUCCGUCUACGUCACCUUCAUCGUCGCCGGAGCUUUCCUCGGAGAACGGGCUGUGGACUACGGAGUUCAUAAGCUCUGGGAGUACAACAAUGUCGGGAAACGGUACGAGGACAUUCCAGUCUUGGGUCAAAGGCAAUCAGAAGAGUAAUAUCGGUCCUCCUGACAACUGCAGCAUGUAUUUAUGCUUCUGAGUUCUUGGAGGAUGCAUUUAUAUUGCACUUUUCAUUCUUGAAUAAGUUUCAUGCACAUGGGUACAUCAAAACUUAAUUUUGUAACCUUGUGUUGCUAAAAUGUUUCUCUUUUGUGGAAUCAUCAGUGGCAGUAUUCAGCUAUCUCUUCCCCAGCAGUCUCUGUUACCUGUGUGUCUGCUCUUUGAUGCAAUCCUGUAACAACAAUUUAAAUGUUGGUGCUUGUGCUCCGGAGUCUUUCUGCGUGGCUUUUAUUUGAAUAUUGCAAGAAGAAGAAUCACAGCUUGAACUCCAGAUUCUUUCUGCA